UUGGCAAUAACAAAGCAUUCAAAAAGAAAUCCAGACUGCAUGUCCCCCCUGUAGGGUUGUCUGGAGGAAUGCAUGGAGCCUCCCUCCAUAAAUCCAAAGUGAUGGCUGCACAGAAGGAGGUUGCAUGAAGUUUUACUCCGCCCACUUGCACUUGCUCCUGUUGCUCAUUAGAGGCUUUCUGUAUCGUCACUGGAGACUUCACACUAUCUGUGGCUUUCAUCGCCAUCGCCAUGGAACGAGGGCUUUCGUGUGUCUGUUUGCUAUCUUUGUUACUUCUCAAAGAGACAAUUGGUUUCAAAGUCCAGAAUAAGCUGCUGGGGAAAUGCCUGCAGGUGCAAGAAGGAUCUUAUGGAGGUAGAGUGUCUCUGCGUGAUUGCAGCCCCUAUUCGGCCUUACAGGAAUGGCGAUGGCUCCCAGACAGCCAGGCUCUCAGCAGUCACCACACUGGGGAGUGUUUAACUGCACCAAGAGAGCAGUAUGAAGGUGUCCAUCUGCAGUCCUGCAUCUCCAAGGCGGACGGAGACGAGACUGGUGAUGAAGUCGCUAUGGUGGAAAAGGACAGGGAGGCAAGCAGCCAAGCUUGGUCCUGUUCCAAGAAAGGACACAUUACUCUGAUAGGGAGGGGGCUGCAUCUUAGUGCCACACAAGAAUCCACUUUGGUCUUCCUUUCAAGGGAACAUAAGCAGCAGGGCAGCAGGUGGCGUACUCUUGACAACCAGACGUUGUGCAGUGGAAGGGACAGUAAACCUCACCAACACCAACCUGUCCACCACCUGGAGCCAUCUUUGGAGCCAGGGAUAUUUAAAGGUACCAUUCCUGAAACACACAGAGAGGCUGAACCAGUUGAAGGUACUGAGGCCACUGAAACAUACACUACAAAAGAAGACCCCCUUUCUUCCCUCAGCACCAAAUCCCCUGCAGAUCCCACUAUGAUUUUCUUCAGUAUGGACUAUGGGAUGGGCUGGAAGAUAACCAUGCUGGUACUCAGCUCUUUGGCUCUGGUCCUGGGGACUGUGAUUCUUAUCCUCAGUGUUUACAGCAACAGGAGGAAGAAGGUGGUGUGCGUUUUAAAGUCAUACACUCCAAGAUCAGAGAUGAGUGUUCCUGGAUCCCCUGUGCCCAGUGAAAGAGCGCCACUAACAGAGCAUGCCAUGCGUCUCCCACAAUCCACCCCCACUUUGCAACGAGGAGAAAUCCUGAUUCAGUGGAAGGAUGGUACUGUCACUCCACUUUAUGAGGCCUGAAUGUGUUUGUUAGUGCAACCAUGUAUUUUUUCUUGUAUGUGUCCUGAAUGUCUGUAGUGAAGACGAAACAUGUGGAAACAAAAAGGACCAAAUAAGGUAGUGUUUUGUUAGGUAUUUGACUUCUUUCAUCCAAGUGUUACCAGGCUGCUUCAUAAAAAUGAAAUUUCAUGGAUCAGUAUCGGACCGUGUCAGUGAGGCUUAGCUGCCACAGGAAGAUAAAAGCUGACAUGAAGCUGCCAGUACAGAAAAUUUGGACUUUCACUUUUCAAUAAUAGUGAGUCCUGACCACUGGUGUUUGAGAUUUGAGGGAUUGUAUGUUAGACUGUAAAAUUACUGUUUAAGCAGUCUGAAAUUGUUUGACUUACUAGAAGUACUAUUUAAGGGCUCAACAAAGCAACCAAUAUAUUAGACCUUACUUGGAUAAACACUUAGGAAACCUAUCUUUGUUUGCCAGGGCCUCAGAUGAACUGUUUUCUAGACUGAUGUUAGACACGUUGGGCUGUGGUGUUGGACAAGGCGUUCUUUCCUUGACAUGUUUGUUUUAUUGAUUCUGAUGUUUAAAAGGCUUCAAAGCAAUUUUCCGCUGAGCUGAACAAAUUACACUCAUUAAACCACACCUCAAAUUCUGAAACUCACACCUUUAAUGUUAGGAUUAAAAGGCGUUUUUACUGAAGUAUAAUUAAAGUAGCGUAGCAAAUAUGUGACUUUGACAACAGUUGAUACCUUAACAGUAUUAUUUAGCUUGUAGCCAAUAGAAUUGCUUUGAAGAGUGAUUGAGGUGUAUAAGGAGAGAAUCUUGACCUUAACAGUAUUAUUGUGUAGUGUUUAUUUUUAUAUGCACUUUGCUCUGACACUUACUUAACCUAAGUAUGCUGCAAUAAUGAACAUGGUCAUAACAUUUACUUAAACUUGAUAGUCUUUUUCCAACCUUUGUACAGCAGCUAACGAGACAAACUGUGCUCACUUUUCUUUUCCUUCCAGAGAAAAUCAUAUGAUAGUAAAUUAUAUGAUACAGUUGGAAGCUCCAGAAACAGCUUGUGUGGACACUGUCUUGUCGACAAUUGACGUUUUAUUUGUUUUGCACUGACCUAGCUGACAGCCACUAUGUAGCAGUUGUGUUAGUUCACUUAACAUUGAAGUAAGCUAAUAAAACAAUUUUUUUACACUGA